UAAACAAGGUGUUCACACGCUGCAGUCAGCGAUACUCUUUCCUGUUAACAUUUUAAACAAGUUAUUCCGCGUACAAAUUAAAUUGAAUAGUCCAGCAUACCGUUUACGUUUCGAUUAACUUUAAUAUUUUUUCGGCGCACUUUGUAAAGUGAACCAUGUCGGACGCUUUGUCAGACGACGGCAGCGACAUCAACCAAGAUGACAGUCAGGAGGAUGUUAUUAUGACCCCGGCAGAGCUCAUAGCUAAACUGGAAGAAGCUUGGCUGAAUGAGAAGUUCUCACCGGAGCUGCUGGAGAACAAAUCCGAGGUGGUGGAGUGUGUGAUGGAGCAGCUGACUCACAUGGAAGACAAUCUGCAGCGGGUGAAGAAAGGUGACGCGAAGGCCAGCGUCCAUCGCAUGGAAAUAGACAGGAUCCGCUUUGUGCUCAGCAGCUACCUGCGCUCUCGUCUGCAGAAGAUUGAAAAGUUCUUCCCGCAUGUCCUCGAGAGAGAAAAGUCUCGAGGUGAAGGAGAUCCGUCACUGCUUUCACCUGAGGAGUUUGCAUUUGCCAAAGAGUACUACGCUAACACAGAAACCUACUUGAAGACUGUAGCACUGAAGCGGAUGCCCCCUAACCUACAGACAGUUGAUAUGCUCAAAGCAGUACCAGAACCCUGCUUGGACUCCUUUGUGUUUCUGCGGGUGAAAGAGAGACAGGAAAACAUCUUGGUUGAGCCUGAAACAGAUGAUCAGAGAGAGUAUGUGGUGGAUCUUGAAGAGGGCUCUCAGCAUCUGAUGCGUUAUCGAACCAUAGCACCACUCGUUUCAAGCGGAGCUGUGCAGUUAAUUUAAAUGUCAGGGUGCUUCUGUUGGUGUGGAACCUUUGGCUUCAGGAGAUCAUAAAAUGAGCUGUGGCUCUUUUCUUGUAACACAGCAGUAGUCAGGAGCGGACAGUUUAACCUGCAGAGAUCACAUACAGAGACACACCCUUUCUUGCUGUUUUCAGGAUUAUGCACUCACUCAUGGGAUACAAACAAAGACAUUUGGGGUGACAUGGGUACAAGAAAUGUAAAUGAAUUGAAAAAAUGAAUUGCAAAUAUAAGUGUGUAAAUGGUAUUGUGAUUGCUGAUGAAUGAACCCUGUUCACCAAACUGUCAUUUGCGGUUAUUUUUGGCUCUGCUUUAAACAUGUUAAAGCAUGUGAGUUUGGUUACAUAAUUACAAUGCAUUCGGAUGUGUUGUGUAUUGUCUGUGAGAUUGGCAAAGGCAAGUCUAACUAAUCUGCUCAUCGUUCUUCCUGUUACUAUAUCCGGAUGACUUCCAUUAUUGGACUUUUUCUCUGCUGCCCAAUAACAAGAUGCAUCAAAUGACUGGGAGGUGAAAUUACAUCAGUGCAUCAUAGUGUUUAUGAGCCUGAGGCGCAUUUGAGAAUGUGCAUGGCCGUUUGCAAGAGCUCCUUUGAUUGCAACAUUUGAAUGACAAUCACAUUAAUGUGCAUUAAUGUCAUGUAAUUGUUGUAAUAGCAUUGUUAUGUAAGCGAUUCAGUGAAACCAACCAGUGGUUAUUGUUUGCCCUCACAGAAAUUGCAAAUGUAAUUUGAACUGGGACUGACUGAGUGGCCAUUGCAAAACUAAACUACGUGUCUGCUUUUGUAACUUCACUGCUGAUCCUUCUAAGGACCAAAAAUAAUUCUUGUUUUCAAAAGCACAUACAGAGCAGCAUUACAGGUAAAUGACUUAUCAUUUACAUCUUGAAAAUGUCUGAAAUUGUGGAUUUGAGAGAAAAAUAAAACCAUUAAAAUGU